AAAACGCAGUUUUCGUGACGCAGCGGCGACACCAGCAACCACCGGCGGUGCGUUUUGGGCGGUUGCUUGCUUGCUCGCUCUAUAUAUAAGAUUUUUUAGUGGGUUCCGGCAUUCCGUGCCACAAUUACGCAUACAAUCAAACAUAGCGGUCAAAAUUUUUACUUGAGCUCCUCAGUAAAGAAGCUAUGACAAUUUUCCGACGAGUGCUGACAACUGCUCGGACAUGGCGAUCCGUCCCCGUCCGCAGAACCCUAAACCCUAAUCCUCCGCGUGCUCUUUCACCUGACCUCGCAAUUCCUCGCCUUCUCUGCCACCGGUCUUUUGAGCACCAAUCUCUCGUGUUUCCAGCCGUGUUGGCCGGUUUGAUCGGACUUGGAGGCAUAGAGGUGGCUUAUGCAGAUGCAGAGGAGGAUAUUUCCAAGCCCGCUUUGCCGGCUGACCCUCCUGCUAGUGAAAGUCAUGUAGACCUGGACGAAAUUACCAAGAAACAACGACAGCAAAUUCUAGACCUCCUCAGAAGUAAAGGAAUUGGACGCGGUUUUUAUCCCCCCUUUACUGUUGCUGUUAAGGGACAAAAGGUUUCCAUCAAGUUCCAAAUUCCUCCGGCGUGUGAAGCUUCACAGCUGAUAGCAAAUCUUGCUUCUCAUCUUGGAGUAAAGGUAGAAGAACGUGGUGGUGGUUUAGAUAUGUCACUACGUGCUUGGGACAGUGGAGCUGCUUGGCAACUCAUGCUAACUCGCCCAGAAAAAAAGAAGGAAGCUGGAGGUGAUGGAGGGGAAUUAAAAGAUGUGAGUAAGGACGAAGGAGAUUUGCAAGUUCUCUUGUUCCACUCAGUAAUUACCUCCUCAGAUAGAGCUGAAAUUGAAUUUAUGAAGGAUGGGACCUUGAGUCCCAAAGAGCUGGAUGCUCUGGUGUCUGCUUUGCUAUUAGCAGGGACAAAGUUAUGGCAAAAUAGUACUGUGGAAAGAAAACCGAGAGAAGAUACCACAACACAAAUGCCAUCUGCAGAUAAACUAAUAGCUAGUCUUGAGUCCAUGGGAGUGAGAAUUUAUGGAAUUAAUGAACCCAAUCUUAGUUCCACAAGAAAAGAAAUUUCAUGGGACAAUAUUGCUGGAUAUGAUCAGCAAAAACGAGAUAUAGAAGACACUAUUCUGUUGGCUCUGCUCAGUCCUGAAACAUAUGAUGAUAUUGCCCGUGGGACUCGUUGUAAAUUUGAGUCAAAUAGACCUCGAGCUGUACUCUUUGAAGGGCCACCAGGUACGGGGAAGACAUCUUCUGCUCGUGUCAUUGCUAAUCAAGCGGGCGUCCCAUUGUUAUACGUACCCCUUGAGGUUAUCCUGUCCAAGUACUAUGGUGAGAGUGAACGAUUAUUAGGAAAAGUGUUUUCACUUGCAAAUCAGCUUCCAGAUGGUGCUAUCAUUUUUCUGGAUGAGAUUGAUUCUUUUGCUAUUUCGCGUGAUAGCGAAAUGCAUGAAGCCACACGGAGAGUCUUAUCAGUUUUAUUGCAACAGAUUGAUGGAUUUGAACAAGAUAAGAAGGUGGUUGUAAUUGCUGCAACAAAUAGAAAGCAAGACCUUGAUCUGGCCUUGAUUAGUCGGUUUGAUUCAAUUAUCAUGUUUGACCUACCUGAUCAGCAAAAUCGUAAGGAAAUAGCAGCUCAGUAUGCAAAGCACCUGAACGAAGCUGAAUUAGAAGAAUUAGCAUCAGCAACCGAAGGAAUGUCUGGAAGGGAUAUUAGAGAUGUCUGUCAACAAGCUGAGCGGUCGUGGGCAUCAAAGAUAAUCCGAGGACAAGUACCCAAAGAUGGAGAACAAGGCCGUCUUCCACCUCUGCAUCAUUACAUCGAGAGUGCUAGGAAUCGACAGAAGGGUUUACUCAGUUCCGCACAGCCAACACCCCAAAAUUCCGACUCCAGCACAGAGAAGCGCAGGCUCGUAGUUGAUUAAUUUCAUAGAUAUGCUUAUUUAUGGGCAUAUAAAAGGCUAUAUAUCCAUGAUAAUUUUAUACGCGCUCCAAAUUUUAGCAGACAAGUUAGCAUAUAACCAAUGUAAUGACUAAAAUAGUAAAUUUCAUCUACAAAAUUUGAUC